GAGUAAAGUCCGUAAAAGGGGACAACAAGGAAGCAGCUCAUGGAUACGCAGAUUAUCCUCACAAGGAAGUGCUUCACUUAUUUGUUUGAGUCUGGAUUUGUUGUCGGUCAACUAUUAGAUGUGAUCAUAGAGGAAAGCUGUUAACAUUCGUCAGAGAGAUGGCCGGUGAAAUACAGAGACAAAACUCUCACAUUUACGAUUACAUUGGAGGAAAUGGUUAUGACCGUGAGGAUCAGUCACUCAGGCGUCGGCGGGUUUCAUCUCCAGCUUCUGAUCAGAAUUAUCCUCACUUCAACUGGGACUCAACCCCCGAGGAUGAAGAUGAAGACAGCGAUGGUGGCCCCAAACGGGACAUCAGGUGUAUUCCCCUGCCCAUGCACCUGAGAAGAACUAUAAGGGAAGUGCAGCAAAUGCGGUCGCCCGCAGUUUCCAGAGAUGUGUCCUGGAGAGGGAGACAGAUGCUGCGUAAACUCAGAAACAAAUGCAAAGAAUUUCUUUACUUUUUCUCAUUGUGGAGGAAGUCAGUGCAAAUGAUUGGAGGGAACUUUGGAGGUGGUGUCCAGUCUUACUUCGUGUUCCUGCGCUUCUUGGUGGUUCUGAAUUUUGUGUCCUUCUUUCUGAUUGCUGGGUUUGUCCUCAUUCCCAGUGUUGUCUUCAGAUCUGUGGCCACCAACAGCACAGAUAUCCUCGCUGUUGACAAUAACUUGAAUGGAACAAAUCGCACCGCUAAAUGCAAGGUGUAUGAAGUUAACCAGACGACGGAGAUCUAUCAGUACCUGCUCGACUUCCUUUCGGGAACGGGUUUUAUGGAGUAUUCGUACCUGUUUUAUGGCUACUACAACAUCACAGAGAUGCCAAACAGGGACUCCUAUAACAUCCCUCUUGCCUACAUCCUCACUGCUGUCUUCUACUUUGCCUUUUGUCUCAUCUGCAUCAUUACACGGAUGGGGAGUGCAGCUCGAGUUGCUGUGGCAACGGGAAGCAGCACUGGGGUGAGCAGUUACAGCAUGAUUGUGUUCACUGGAUGGGACUAUGGUUGCCUGGGAGACAGAGCUACCAAACUGAAGCAGAAAAACAUCCUCUACCAGCUACAGGUGGAUCUGGAGGAGGAGAGUCGAAAGAGACACGAGGCUGAUCUGUCAACAUCAAAAAAAGUGAUUUUAUACUCUCUGCGUGUUUUAAUGACUUUUCUUUCACUUGGGUUCAUUGGAGGAGCUUUCUAUGGCAUCUAUGUGGCCACACAGUUCAGCCAGGAAACGACUGAUAAGAGAAAGAUCGUUCAAUUGAUUAUUCAGUAUCUCCCGUCCAUGGUCAUCACUGCUGGAAACUUUGUGGUGCCUCUGCUGUGUGACAAGCUCGCCUUAGUAGAGCAAUACUCCCCCAGCACUACUAUCAUAUUGGCUCUCUUAAGGUCAGUGUUUCUGCGUCUGGUGAGUCUGGCCGUUCUCCUCUCCACCCUGUGGAGUCGGAUCACCUGCUACCCUGAGCAGCUCAAAGGGAACUGUACACUGUGCGAGUACAACUACAAUGAAUUCCAAUGCUGGGAAACACGUGUGGGGCAGGAAAUGUACAAGCUCACGAUGUUUGACCUCCUCAUCACCGUUGCUGUUUUUCUGCUGGUUGAAUUUCCACGCAGGCUUGUGGUGGAUAACUGUUCCUGUAAGCCUGUUCAGUGGGUGGGGCGGCAGGAGUUUGUGGUUCCCUCCAACGUGCUUGGCCUGGUUUAUGGUCAGACUGUGGUCUGGGUAGGAGCUCUUUUUUGCCCUCUGCUGCCCGCCAUCAACACCUUGAAGUUUGUCAUCCUGUUUUACUGCAAAAAGAUAACACUCUUCCAAAACUGUCGGCCAGCGUUGAGGACGUUUCGUUCUACCACCUCCACCUUCUUUUUUCUGGUGGUGCUCCUGUUUGGAUGGGGUUUGGCAACAGUUGUCUUGAUUUACAGUCUCUCUGAGAUCCGUCCCUCUUACGGUUGCGGUCCUUUCCAUUCAUCCAAUACUAUGUGGUCAACUGUUCCAGGCUCGUUCCACAAUCUCUCUAACGUCACACAGGAGUUUCUCUUCUUCGUCGGCUCCCAGGCGUUCUCCAUCCCUCUUUUUGCAUUAUCAAUUGUGAUGAUGUGCUAUGUCAUAGCUUUAGCAACUGUCUAUGGGAGAAGCAUUGCACUGCUAAAAGCUCAGCUUAAACUGGAGAGCCGUGACAAACAGUUCCUGAUCAAGCAGAUUGAGAGCCUGAGUCGGCAAGCUCACAUACCGACACAUCGUGCAGGAGUACAAGACUGAACACGACAUAUGGGCAAGGAUUUACGGUCUUGAAAACAACAUAAUAAGACUUGUUUUUAUGUUUAUAAUUUAAUGCAGGCUAGGUUUUACCACACACGUCUGCACGAAGAUAAUUGUAUUAAAAGUUGUGAUUUUUUUUAAAGGAAUACAUAAAGAAGGAGAAUUAAAACUUGAUCGUUAUUAGAGUAUAGCAUUUCCACUAUGUAAAUAGAUUAGUGCCUUUUAUGUCUGUCCUUCAAAGCAGAUAUUCUUUUCUUUACAUAAUAAAAUAAAAUGAGAAACAUAACAGCCCC